AUGGCUUCUUCGAUAUUGAACCAGAAAACUUUGGGCGAGCAAGCUGUUGAGAACUGGGAUGAUGACAUGGAUUUUCAGGGACUGGAUGCUCUGCACCUCCGCCAUGCCUCCAGUACGACGAUUGGUUCGACGCAACCCCACCACCGUGAUUCCUUCUCAUCAAGAAUGUCAACAAGAUCCGAUCGAGAAUCGAUUGGGGCAGGCGACGAGGACUGGCAAGUCUUGCUCCCCACGGACGAUGAGAAAUCAACACUGGAUGCGAUCAGCUCAGCGAAGAGUGCAGGGAUACCCAUUCCACAGAAUGUGCCAGGUUCAGCGUUGCUAGGUGGUACAAUCAAAAAGCUUGGAGGUCGAAAGUUGAAAAAAGUCCUAGGUGACGAUUGGGGUGAUGACCUUGAGUUGCCGAAGCUUCAAGAUGGUGGCUUGAAGCUGAAGAAGGCUGAUGCCGCAGAUUUCCCAGAUUCGUUGAGAUCCUUUAGCAGUGAAUUCCCAACGUCCCCAGUCCCAUCGAAUCCCAACUCAAAAACCAGUUUCAUGGACCACUUGGCAUUGGUGACUAGAGCACGGACUGGUGCUGCAAAAUUGGAGAAGUUCAAAGACGAUGAUGAUGACUUCUUUGGAGAUGUUCCCACCAUUAAAAUUGCUAAAAACAGAUCCCCACAGAAACUAACGAGCAUUCUCCCCUCCAAUAAACCAGGAAAGCGCGAGCCUGAGAACAUCGAAGAGGAUCUAGAGUUCCCCACUGAUGGAAAGCCCCUAAGACUUUCAAUACGCAAAGACGAGCCGAAGACACCUGCUUCAAACAUGACCGACGACUCGGAUCUGGACUGGGCAGAAGGAAGCUUAGGCACUCGAUUUGGAGGUACACGGCGGGAUUUGAGGUCUAACCCAAGUUCAUCCAUCACAUUCAGCCCCAGUGCGUCUAGUUGUUUGACAGCUGAAAGUGACGAUGGGCUAGAAGGGUUGAUUUUACCGGACAGUAAUUUUAAGUUUGGUGAGGCCCUCAAGAAACGAAUGGAGAAUGUGCCUAGCGAGCAACUGGAAGCUGCUUUUGAGGGAGGAGCCCCCAAACCUCCCAUCCAGGAGACAGCACCUCCAAAAGAAGACUUUUUUGCCGGCCUUGAUAUUGGGGAUGGAGAGGUCUUUGACUCUGGCAAGCUCACUCUCAACCGCAACAUCAAGCACAAGAAAGCAAAGCAGACUAGUCCAACAAGGCGACCUGCGACGACAUUGACGUUCACGAACAAGAUUGAGCCAGGUGCCAGUAAAAUACCUAGACCUCAGUUCCAUGAUCGGCCUCGUUCAACACUCGAAUCGGUGUCGGAGAGUGGUCCAGCGCCCCAGUAUAAGAGAGCAGGUUCGCGGGUAGGUUUCCAUUCCGCCCAUUCAUCUUCAUCAUCAGCCAUACCUACACCAUCCACGCCAUCUUCGUCACACCCCACCGCACCAUCUACUCCAAGCCGCCGUGGCCUCAACACAAAAACUUCGCAUGAGGCGUUGCGAUCUCAAAACACUACGACUUCGUCAAAUUACUUAAAAGCCAAACGGUCCAUGCCAGCUAUGGCAAGGACUCAGCCGUCACCUGCCCGUCAGCAGACUUCUCAGCGUCCUCCUUCGCGAAGCGGUCAAGUGCUACCCUCUCGACCAAAGACACCAAUUGAUCGAUCUGGUGCAGAGUCUAGCAUGUCAACGGCAAGGAAGGCGCCAGUUCCAUUCCUCCCAGCUGGCACCUCGCAGAGACAGUCGCAUCAUGUAAGCCUCAAAACAUCCACAUCGCGACAAUUCCAUCGGCCAACUUCAUCCGACUCGAAUGAGAAUGCGCCAAUCAACCGACCGCUGUCUCGUCUUUCGCAGCCUCGUCGACCAAGCACACCGACUAACAGCCGACUUGCACCUGAAGCCCUGGUGAAAGAAGCGGCCUCAAAACGAACGCUGACCAAGCCAAUGCGGCGAAGAGCAUUUGGGGAUGGUAAUGAGCUAGAAGUCUUCGAUGACCUCCCAACUUCCGCGUCAAGCGAGUCCAAAUUUCUGAAGCAGCCAGUAGCUCGAGUAAGCUUGGUCUCCAACAAAGCAAUACAUCAAGCACCUCGGUCAAUGAGCAGCCCCUCCCCUCCAACGCCGUCCAAAACCCUCAGUCCAGUCAAGCAAGAUCAUCUUCCUCGCUUUGCUCGUGACACAAAUGCUUCGCGUCUCGCUCGUGAACAACGUAUCGGCUCGGUAUCAGCAACUCUGCAUGGAGCCUCCACGUUGACUACGGUCAGGGAGACAAACGGACCUCUUUCCUCCAUCAGCACGAAUUGGAGACCGCCACCACCUGUGUCACACAAGAAUCUAGCUUCUCCGAUGGUUCAUUCUAAACGUCGUCCAAAAGCCCCGCCACAAAAGCCUCGCUUGAUUAAACCUAUGGGUGAAGUCCACAGCCAUCCUAAAGAAGAGAAAGGCAUGCACUGGAAUCCUACCCUUUUUUGCUGGGAAGGCAACGAGAAUGCACUCGCGCCCUUCGACGUCCCCUCAGCUUCCCCCAAAACAACUGGUCUCUCAACCCCUAAAAGCCCAGGCAAUGGCGCAACUAAAGCUGCACCAGCUCUGAUCGCCAACGUUGGGGCAAGCAAAGGUGUCCAGAUGAGCGGUGGCAUGGUCUUCGAUCCGCAUAAGAUGCGCUGGUUGAAAGCUGGCCACACCAACUUCAACGCACGCUCCGAGUCUAACCCCAUGAGCCCAAAGACAGACGAUGAUGACGAAGAUCCAUUCGCUGGCAUCGACGAUCUAGAGGAUAAACCAAAGGCGCGUUCAAAAUCUCGAAAUACCGUCCGCGAUGAAGCCUUAGAUCCCUCUGGCCUACUAGCCUCAAUAUCAGCUGAGCAGGACAAAUCGGACGAUGCAGAUCCACUGAAAGAUGACAUGGAGCCACUGAUUGGUGAGGAGUUCGAUGUGGGUCCUGAGUUCAUCAAGAGAUUGAGAGUCGAGGAGGAGAGAUGGCGUAGUAAAGUGCAGCCGUGGAUCGAGGAGCAAGCGGAGGAACGCGAAGAUGAGGGAUGGAAGUGGACGAUCAGGGAUAUCACGGCAAGAACAAAAUUCAUGCUCGAGGCUUGA